AACGCGAGAGCGAUUGCCUCUGAGUCCCUGACUGCCUCUCCCCACGAUUGUCCGCUUAGGCAUAGCCUGGGAUCGGCAGCUGACCCCGCUCUCGCCCAACACUACGCUUCUCUCGACCACGGACGAUCCGGCGAUACGGCCUCUGCUCCGUCGUCCCCAUCCGAAGUCUUCCGAGUUGGAUUGCUUCCUACUAAAGGGUCACGCUUGCCAUCGAUACCAUCUGAGCCAUCUUCGUCCUGCAGAUACCCUCCUAUCCUCUCGUUCCUCCAGCCGUCGACGAUCACCACUCAUCACCACUACUCUUGACGACGAAAUGGCUGUUCCCAAGGAUGAGCAGAAGGCGGCAGCUGGAGGCGUCGCCAAGCCUGGUAAAUACCCCUUCUACCUAGGAGGUCUUGCUUCAGCGAGUGCGGCAUCAAUCACCCACCCCCUCGACCUCACACGCUACCGUCUCCAGACGGCUUCAGGCAAGACAGGCAUGAUCAAGAGCAUCGUUGACACAGCCAAGAACGAGGGUCCUCAAGGUCUCUUCCACGGCCUCACCAGCACUUGGCUUCGUCAGUUCACCUACUCCAUCGCACGAUUCGCAGUCUACGAAGAAUCCAAGACCUGGUUUACAGAAGCCCCCUCCCUUGCACACCCGACGGGAAAGAAGCCAACGGGAGGAGAGCUCGCCAUUUGCGCGGCUACGGCGGGAACCGUCGCUGGUGUCAUUGGCAACCCCGCCGAACUCGUUCUUGUGCGCGUCUGCGGCGACCUCAACAAGCCCCCCGCAGAACGCUUCGCAUACGGAAAUUGCCUCAAUGGUCUGGCCAGGAUCGCAAAGGACGAAGGUGUAGGCAGACUCUUCCUCGGUCUGGGGCCUAAUGUGGCGCGCUCAGUGGUCAUGAACAUUGGACAGUUGGGCGCCUAUGACCUUUUCAAGGGCGUUAUCCAGUCUGGCCUCAAGAUGGAGGACGGGCCGCGUCUGCAGUUCCUCGCCUCCUUUGCUGCAGGAACCACGGCUGUCACCCUCGUCUGCCCAUUCGACGUCGUCAAGCAACGUGUCCAAAAUUCCAAGAGCAGGGAAGGCGUGGCCACUGUCGUCCGCAACCUCCUCGCUAAGGAAGGCCCACGCACCCUCUUCCGCGGUUGGCUCCCCUCGUGGCUCAGGCUGCAGCCUCAGACUACCUUGCUCUUCUUGUUCUUUGAGCAGUACAAGAAGAUCUACGAUGACAACUUUAGGUCAGCUUGAGGGGCGCAUAGGGAGCAGCAGGGAUCACGCCAAGAGGACAGUGGGGCAACGGGUGCUGGACGCGUGCAUCUUGUCUGCUGGCAUUUAUGUAGGCCUCAGCAUGGUAGCUGGAAUGACGAUAUCCUUGACUCAAUUUGAUGACGACGGACUGGGUCCAGGCUAU